AUGAUAACCAAAUUCUACCAGCACAUUCUGGUCUUGGCAUUUGCUGAGAAAGAAAUCAAUGAGAACCCAAACAUCUUGCCCAAUGUCACACUUGGCUUCCACAUCUAUGAUAGCUAUUAUGAUGCAAGGAUGACCUAUCGGACCACGCUGGACCUGCUCUUCAAAUCAAACAGCUUUGUCCCCAACUACAAAUGUGACACCCAGAAAAACCUCCUAGCUACUAUUGGGGGACUUGGCUCUGACACCUCCUUCCACAUGGCAGAUGCGUUGAGAAUCUACAAGAUCCCACAGCUCACAUAUGGUUCGUUUCCCCCAGAGGAGAGGGAUUCAAGUCAGGUUCCUUCUUUUUACCGCAUGGUGCCUAAUGAAGUCCACCAGUACAUGGGUAUUAUCAGUUUGCUUAAGCAUUUUGGAUGGACGUGGGUUGGACUAUUUGCUGUGAAUGAUAACAGUGGGGAAUAUUUCCUCAAGACUCUGGAGCCCCUGCUUUCUCAAAAUGGAAUUUGUUCAGCCUUCACACAAAGAAUCCCAAAACUACUCUAUUUUGAUAAGUUGGAUGAAAUGUAUGAUUUAGCUUCAAAUAUGUAUGCACUAUUUAUGGAUGCUAAAGCCACAACAUUUAUCGUUUAUGGAGAAUCUCAGACAAUUACAGGACUGAGAGUUAUUAUAUUUUUGCGAGAUCCUACAAAUAAGGAAAAUGCAUCACUUAAGAAGGUGUGGAUUUUGACAGCCCAGAUUGAUUUCAUAUCUAUGGGUCUUACUAAGUUUUGGAAUGUUCUGCUCUUUCAAGGUGCCUUUUCCCUCACAAUUCACUCACAGAAACUUCUAGCAUUCCAAGAUUUUCUCCAAAACAUAAAGCCUUCUUUUACUCAGGGAAAUGGUUUUUCCAAAGUCUUUUGGGAGCAAGCAUUUGACUGUAUAUUUCCAAAUCUUGAUGCACCAAUGGAGGUCAAUGACCUGUGUACUGGGGAGGAGAGGUUGCAGAGCCUUCCCGGGUCUCAUUUUGAAAUGAGUAUGACUGGCCACAGUUACUGCAUUUACAAUGCUGUCUAUGUUGUGGCUCAUGCUUUGCAUGCACUUUAUUCAUCUAGAUCCAAACAGAGAGCAAAUGAGAGUAGUAAAAGAUUAAAAUUUCAAGAUUUCCAGCCUUGGCAGCUCCACCAUUUUAUCCAUGCCAUUUCAUUUAACAACUCAGUUGGAGAAACAGUGUCCUUUACUGAUAACAGAGAAAUGCAAGGUGGAUUUGACAUUAUGAACAUGAUCACAUUUCCAAAUAAGUCUUUCAUCCGUUUGAAAAUAGGAUGGGUGAAUCCUAAUGCUCUUGAUGGAAAAGAAUUCAACCUUCAUGAGGACAUAAUUAGGUGGCACGAUGAUUUUAACCAGAUGAUGCCCGUCUCUACAUGCAGUGAAUCCUGCCACCCUGGUAAUCAGAAGAAAAUGAUGGAAGGACAGAAAUUUUGCUGCUACGAUUGUACUCCAUGUCUAGAGGGGAAGAUUUCAAACCAUAAUGACAUGGAUGACUGCUUCACAUGCCCAGAAGAUCAGUAUGCAAACAAGAAGAAAGAUGGAUGCAUCCCUAAAACUAUCAGCUUUCUUUCUUAUGAUGAACCUUUAGGGCUUAGCCUGGCCUCAUUUGCUCUUUCUUUUUCCCUGAUCACAACUUUGGUGCUUGCAACGUUUAUUCAGCACAAAGACACUCCCAUUGUCAAAGCCAACAACAGGGAUCUCACCUAUGCUCUCCUCAUUGCCCUUCUGCUAUGUUUCCUCUCAUCUUUUCUAUUCAUUGGACACCCUGGCAAAGUGACCUGCCUUCUUCGACAACCCACUUUUGGCAUCGUCUUCUCUGUAGCAGUUUCCUGUGUGUUGGCCAAAACCAUCACAGUAGUUGUGGCUUUCAUGGCCACCAAGCCAGGCUCCAGUAUGAGGAAGUGGGUGGGAAAAAGACUGAGCAACUCCAUUGUCCUUUCCGGCUCACUCAUUCAAACAAGCAUUUGUGCUGUGUGGUUGAAGUGGUCUCCCCCAUUCCCUGCUCUAGACAUGGACUCAGUAACAGAGGAAACCAUUGUACACUGUAAUGAAGGCUCAGUGACCAUGUUUUACUGUGUCCUGGGCUACAUGGGCCUCCUGGCCAUUGCCAGCUUCAUUGUGGCAUUUGCAGCUCGCAAAUUACCAGACAGUUUCAAUGAAGCCAAGUUCAUUACUUUCAGCAUGUUGCUGUUCUGCAGUGUUUGGCUGUCUUUUUUCCCAACCUAUCUGAGCACCAAAGGGAAAUCCAUGGUGUUGGUGGAGAUCUUCUCCAUCUUGUCCUCCAGUGCUGGGUUACUGGGCUGCAUCUUUGCCCCAAAAUGCUACAUCAUUGUUCUAAAGCCUGAGCUUAACAGAAAGGAGCAACUAAUAAGGAGAAUGAAGUGA